AAAAAUUUAUUCCUUAUGGAAAUGAAAAUUCAAAUGGUCAACUAAAAUUUUUCUGUUUAAAAAGAUUAUAAUUUUUUUUUUCUUUCUAUAGAGAGAAGAACCAAACAUUUUUAUAUAAAAUAAGCUCAAACUGAAAAAUUUAGAAUUUAUUUAAAUGAUAACAAAUUAACAUACCAGUGGCAAUUUACAAUUCGGGCCAGAAAUCCGAUAAACUUUGCAGAUCAUACCGGCUUUGCCCUGUGAAGGUGAGGUGGCAAGAACAUAGACAUUCAAAGCAGUAUUUGAGACGAUGAAAACCGGAGGGGAGCCACGUCAGCAAGUCGAUAUAAGCAACCCAAGAUUUCGUUAUCUGUUUCCGAAUGUUACAUAAUCUUCCACUCCACCAUGGCUUCUUCUCCUUCAACUCUGACACUUCCAUUGGGUUAUGGCUGUAGAAAAAAUCUGUCUAGCAAUCAUCAUCCAAGCAUUUUCAGUGGGAAAAUCCGAGGAUUGGCUGUGAAAUGCUCGAAUUCAGCACUUAGAGUUGAGAAGUCAAGGAAUAAAGGAUAUUGGAAUGAAGUUAAUUCAUUGAAGCGUAGGGAAGUGAUUGGGUUGGUUUCUGGAGUUUCAAGUCUGUUGUUCAUACCACCAUUUUCUGCCAAUGGAGCUGGUUUGCCACCCGAGGAGAAGCCAAAACUUUGUGAUGAUGCUUGUGAGAAAGAGCUUGAAAAUGUGCCUAUGGUAACUACAGAGUCUGGUUUGCAGUACAAGGAUAUCAAAGUAGGUAAAGGCCCAAGUCCACCAAUUGGUUUUCAGGUGGCUGCCAAUUAUGUAGCCAUGGUUCCAUCUGGACAAGUAUUUGACAGUUCACUGGAGAAGGGUCAGCUUUAUAUUUUCCGUGUCGGCUCUGGUCAGGUAAUCAAGGGACUUGAUGAAGGUAUCCUGAGCAUGAAAACAGGAGGGAAACGUCGACUCUACAUUCCAGGAUCAUUGGCAUUUCCAAAGGGUCUAACUUCAGCUCCAGGAAGGCCAAGGGUUGCUCCAAGUAGUCCAGUUAUCUUUGAUGUGAGCUUGGAAUACAUACCAGGCCUUGAAGAGGAAGAAGAGUAAGAGAAUCCACAUCUCUCCAAGUUUAUUUUCUUGGUUCUUGGUCUCUGCUAGAUGCAGAACAAGAAAAUGAAAAAGGGGUUUAUGCUGCAUGCAGUUUCUCCGAACCUGGCAAUUAUUUUUUUUUCUCAACUAUUUGGUGUACAAAACUAAUUCCUUAAAUGAAAUACUGGUUUGCUUAAUUCAGGGCAACCAUGGACUUUCAGUUUUGCCA